AAGAAAAUAAUAAUUAGUAAUUGAGAAUAUAGUUUCGUUUUAAAUUCUUGUUACAAAAUUAAGUCAUCAAGAGUGUUUGCUUAAAAGGUUAGUAUUUAACUGUGAUUAUUUAACACUAAUUUGUUAAGAGAAUAUAAAACCGUUACAACUAAAGCGUAAUAAAUACGAGCUUAAACCAGGAGUAAACUUAUUUUAUUAAUUUCCCACUAAAAUGAACGUAUAUUUUUUAAUCUUUUGUAUAUCGGUUUUAAUAUUUCCUACGCACGAAGUGGGUGAAUUUACGUUUUACAACUGGAAGUUUCAUUUUCCACCUGGAAGUAGUAUGGGGUUAUUUUUAGCUUUAGCCAUUCCUUUAGAUAUUCCAAAUAAAAGCGUUUACGUCGCUUAUAAUUUCGAAGCUAAUUACCUUCUCCCUUACAAUGUAACGCAAGAUGUUUAUCCACCUAUUAUUGAAAGAAAUAGUGUAAGAAGUGGAGAUAAAGACGAAAAAAAGGAAGCUAAAGACAAUAAUGUUAUUGAAACAACAAAAACCAAAAAGAAAAUGUUUAAAGGUGUCGAUAGAAAAUUGAUUUAUGAUGCGAUGGAGUCUAAAUUAGAAUCUCAUGGAUACAAAGGGAGGCCGUGUCUAUUAAGAUUAAUAUGCGAAACAGCUUUGCAUAGCAUAACAGAAACCAAUGGGGUUUUAGGAAACAUUUUUCAUGUUGUAUUUACUCCUUCAACGUCGAUUAAUAACGGAAUCGAUUUGAUUUAUGAAAAAGCGGAAGUUCACGGUGCUACAGUAAACAAUUGUGAUGAGUAUAAGAAAAAUUGUACGGUUAGCUUCUUAGAUCUUAUAAGUUGGAUGGAAAAUUCAAAUAAUUAAGAAUUAAAUUAUAGGUAAUUUUAUUUAAAUAAAUUGUGUUUUAAA